AUGGUCGACUCUGGGGCCUCCCGCUGCUUUGUCGACGUGGCCUUUAUGAAGCAACACCAGAUCCCAGUGCAGGACAAAGAUACCCUGACCCUGGUCGAAGCCAUCGACGGGCGCCUCCUCUACUGCGGUCCGUGUGCAAGCCUCACACCAUCGGGCCGCCUCUCCUGUUACAGAAAAAUGCUAAGAGACCAUGACUGUCACAGGAUUCCAGAGGGAAUGACCAGCCUUCGAUCAAUUGAUGGAAGUCUUCAAGAUCACUUCUGGGAGGGAAAAGGCUGUGAAAUGGUCUGUUAUUGCAGUUUCAGUGAAUUACUCUGCUGCCCAAAAAGUAUUUUCUUUGGGCCAAAGAUCUCUUUUGUGAUUCCCUGCAACACAGCUCCUGAAGAACACGUUGCAUGAGAAAUGAAGACAAUGCCAAGCUUUUGCUACUGAAGACAGAAUAACACUAAAAAACCAACACAGUCAUCUCCAAAACUGACAAACAAGCAUAACAUAAUUUCAGUCUAUACUUGUGCUAUGAAGUCUGCUGCUAAU